GUUGGAGUUACUUACGGAGCACCUACUACCAAGUACCAACUGCUACCACAUCUAGCUAUCGUAAGCAAAAAGUGAGUGAGGGAACCAAAAUGGCGGAGGCAAUCGUCGGCCCGCUGGUGAGCAAGCUCCAGGAGCUGGCCCUGAGCGAGGGGAGGGCGCUGGUUGCCGUCAGCGGCGAAAUCGGGAACCUCCGCGACAAGCUCAUGUGGCUGCUGGCCUUUCUUCAGGAGGCCGACCCCCGGCGCCGCACCCGCGCCAGCGAGCUCAUGCGCGUCCUUGUGCGCCAUACCCGCGACGCCGCGUUCAGCGCCGAGGACGCCGUCGACGAGUACGUCUUCUGCGUCGACCUGUCUCGGUACCCCAGUUGGUCCCGCGCCAUCCUCGGCUUCCUCGCCGGCUCCACCACGCAGCUCCUCGUCCGGCACAGGCUCUCCGGUGAGAUCGCGGCCAUAAACGGCCGGCUCGAGGAGAUCAUCAAGAACAAGGAGAAGUACAGGCUGGACGACUCCGCCGCCGUAUCAUCGGUGCGAACGUGGACCGCGUCUGCUGCCUCCUCAAGUGUCUCACUCACCUGGAACGUCUCGAAGCCACAGAUCAUCGGCCGCGAGAAGGAACAAUCGAAACUGAAAGAAAAGCUUUUGAACUCCGAUGCGCAUCUUGAAGUGAUAUACGUCCUUGGUGAGAGCGGCGUGGGCAGGACGAUGCUCGUGAACAGCGUCUGCCAGAAAUCAACCAUCAGAGAUCAGUUCGAGGUAUCCGCUAUGGUGAAGGUACCUAGGAAAGCGGGUGUAUCCAACAUACUCAAAUCGAUCUGGGAGAAUUUGAAGAAGACCCAGAGUGUUGAAGAGCAAGACAAUAUCGAGCAGCCCGGUAGAAGCAUUGUGCAGAUAGUGAAGAGUCAUCUUGCCGGACGGCGCUACCUGGUCGUCAUCGACGGCAGGGAGAUGACCAUCACGGACUGGAACGCGGUGAUACAUGCCCUGCCUAAUGAAGAAACCAGCAGCCGUGUAGUGCUGAUCACAAAGAAGAAGCCGCAUUUUCUGAACCAUGUGAAGCACUACCACGAAGAUACCAUCGAGCUCAAGGGCCUGCAAUACGAGGACUGCAAGGAGUUAUUCCACACGAGGCUCCACGGCGGGGAAGAGGAAGAGGCAGAGAGGGAUGAAUACUACAAGCAAGUCCAUAACAUCACGGGUGGCCUGCCGUUGGCGGUGAUCCUGCUCUCCGGCCUCAUGCACAACAAGGAGUUCCCUGACGAAUGGGACAGUGUGUUCAAGUACCUCGUCGAGUCGGCCAAGUCGAAGCGGCUUGACAAGAUACUGUCCCUGAGCUUCGAGGACCUGCAUCAUGAGCUGAAGCUGUGCUUUCUUUACUUCACAGCCUUCCUGGAGAGAAACAGCAAGGCGUACCGCAGUACACUGGUGAAGCUGUGGGUAGCGGAGGGCUUCCUGGCGCCACGGGAUGGGAAGACGGCGGAGGAGCUCGGGCACAUCUACCUGAGCCAGCUCAUCGUCAGGGGACUGGUCGCUGAAACAGCCAGCGGCGAUGACAGCUUCCGCCUCUUGGCCCUCCAUAAUAGCAGCGUCCAGUCCUUUGCGCGCUCAGAGGCACAGGAGGCGAGCUUCAUGGAGAUGCAUCAGGGUGACCACGUCCCUGAGCCGGCAACUGUACGACGCCUCACACUGCACAACAGCAUGGAUCGAUACGGAGCGCUGGAUAACACGAUGCCCAAGCUGCGUUCCAUUAUUGCCAUCUUCCAGGAAGAGAGAGAGACCACGGCUAAUCCUCCUAUUACUGGCUGCUUUCCUUCUUCCUGUUUUCCUUGUUGCUGCUUUCCUGCUUUGUGCUCAGGUAAGCACAACAUUCGCAAAUCUGUCCUGACCAAGUUGCUUCAAGGAUCAAAGUUCCUCCGGGUCAUCAUGCUCGAGGGCAUGGAGAUUGGCACGGAGUUGCCAAAGGAAAUUGGAAGCAUGGUGCAUCUCCGUUACCUUGGUGCGCGAUGCCAGUCACUGAAGACGAUCCAUGCAUCCAUUGGGAAACUCAGCAAUCUUCAGACAAUGGAUGUCAAAAACAGCUCAGUACGUGAGCUUCCAUUACCCUUUUGGAAGAUCAUAUCGCUACGGCAUGUGACUGGUGAUAAGCUCAUCAUACCGAGGCGUGCCGGUGAGCUGAAGCAGCUAAAGACGCUCGACUCCGUGCGAACAUCAGAGGAUUGGGACGGCAAGAUUCUGACAAGAAUGGUUAACCUCGAGAUCGUAGAUGUGAUCGUUCAAGGGAAGCUCAAAGAGCAUGAGUUUUCACACAACCUGAGCAAGCUCAACUACCUUACCACACUCAAGUUGGAAGUAGACGGUCUCCCAGUGAACAUAUUCACGGAGGCUUGCUCCCUCCAGUGUCUCAAGACGGUGAGUCUGACUGGGACCCUGUCACGCAUAGAGUUGUUGCCUGUAUUACAGCUGCCAAACUUGAACGACCUAUCACUGUCAAAGAUGCAGCUGCACAAAUGGUUCAUCAAAAGGCUGGGCGAACUGCCCUGUCUUACCAAGCUCUCACUGUUGUUGGGGGUUUCAUAUGAGGAUGAGGAAGGGAAGCUUGAGUUCCAGCAUGAUGGGUUCCAUUGCUUGCGAAUAUUGGUGGUAAGGGACACCCAUAUUACCGUCUUGAUAGACGAGCUUGCAUUGCCUGCGCUACAAAACCUGCAAUUAAUUGGCUGCAGCAGAGAAUUACAACACAAGAUCCAUCCUAGUCACAAAUAUGUCAAGAUGAUUAAACGGGAGGACAGAAAUCUAUUUCAGGACAUCAACAGUGACAAAAAUCUAUUUCAGGACAUCACCACUGCAAGAUAAACCCUCUAUCAAACAUUCUGGGCAUCCACAAAGCAUUCGUGCCGGAGAGUCCAUCGGUAAUCAUGGCCUGCUCCGCAUCUUGUUGGGUUGUUGCUACAAAUCAGAUCUGAGCA